AUGCGGCGAGGGCUGUGCUCCGCCACAAUGGUGGGCAGAGCUUUGGUCAGCUUUGGAUCCUGCUUUAACUCACGGUGGCAUGGCUCGGUUGGGGAUGGCGGCGCAGGGAGAGGCGUGCUUAGUGCAGUAGAGAUGACUCCACCACCGCCGCGUCCCGCCUUUUAUGUGCCGCCGGAGGAGCGCGAUGCGGAUGAUGCUUCUCUGCAGUUUCUCCAUCGAAAGAAACAUUCAGCGGAUGGCAGAUGUGAAGCGAAGGAGGCUGGGGCUGCUGUUGGUAGUGGCAAGGGCGGUGAGACGCGUCUGCAUCCGGGGCAGGCCUUUGCUCCAGAGCUACAAAUUCGUCCCUCUCGUGCGCGCCACUACUUGGAUGAUAAAGCGGCCGGUUUGGCCUCAACGAGUGUCUACGCGGGGCAUCAUUUUCUUCCCGAGGAGCCUGAGAAUUCAACAAGACCACUCCGAGUUAUCAAGAACGCGACACCAGAGUCAAAAUUAUCGAAAGGGACACCAGAGGUGCAUUUUAUUCGGGCGAGCCGCGGAGAAUCCAUCUUUGGGGUUAGAGAUACGUUUGAGGGUGAUGAAAAGUGUAAAAAAGAUUACGUCAGGGGAGAGAGCAGUGGCGAUAGUGGUGGAAAUUCUGCACCGCGAAAGAGGCCACUGUUGCGGGAAAUGGAAUUGGAUCUUCGUCGUCUUGAGUACUAUCAAGGAACACCGCAAUAUCAAGAACUUUUAGAGGAAUUUCGCGCCAAGUACGAAUCCAGUGAAAAGAAUAAUAUUAGUGGCGAUAGUAAUAGUAGUAUUAGUAGUAGUAGCGGUAUUAGUGGUAGUGAUGGAGGUCCGAUUGGGGGUGAAGCGAUGGAGCGGUCGUAUAGCCAGGCGGAGGUAAAACAAGGACUCGAAGCACAACCCAUAGAUUAUCUUCGCGUCAGCAAACAGCUUAAGGUGGAGCUCAGUAGUGGCCCCAGGGCUUACGACCCCGUCACUGUGAUGCAGAAACUGGGUGUAAUGCGUUUUCAAGGUUAUGCCUUCCCUCCUACGACGGAAUUGGGAAAGCUGCGGGAUAGCGAGGGGAGGGAGCUGCAAUCGAAUGUGGAGAAUCAUGCACUUCGAGAUUAUAUGUGCCAAAAUGUUUCCUCUACUAUCAAAGCGCAGCUUGCCGGAAACCAAGACAAGCACCUUCUUUAUCGAACGCUGGGAAUAGAUGCUGUGCAACGGAGACAAGUAAGGGCUAUGCUUAGCGAUUUUGAUUACGCUGACCGUCAGACGGCGUUUCAUGUUAUGAUGUCGUACCCAUACACGGACUGGAUACAUGUUUUUUAUGUUGUUUUAGUAGGUUUGGCACUUUAUGAGUUGCAGGCGCGCUGUGGGGCGUAUGAGUUUUACGAUGAAUAUUUGGGAUUGGAUUUACGGCAGGUGCCCAGACUAAAGAAGCCUUUUUUGGUGGGAGUAACUGUUAUGGUGAUGGUAGUGGCUCUGUUUCAUCCUCUGCUUGUGGCGAGUAUCGCAACCACGCGGUUUUACCGCAUUUUUAUGAGGCGGCCUAUUGGUCCUCCAUAA